UCCUUACACUGGGAGUCAUUCCCCUGUUUCAUCAUUUAAAGCUGUUGCUUUAUUAUAAUCACGUGGUCACCGUUAAUAAGGGAGAGCACCACGUCUUUAAAAAGAUCCCAAGUAUCUCUCUUACAUCAGACAUGGACUUUAUAAUCCCAAGGUCCACAACGACAAUCUUGUUGGUAGGCCAUGCAGGUAUUGGUAAACGGAGGUUGGCAUCAUACAUACGCUCAGAGGUUACAUCGCAACCACUUCAGCAGGAACAGGCUAUAGCAUCAGAAUUACCAGCAAUAGGAAAUUUGCACGGAAUCAACACCGAUGUAAAUUUUAGAACAGCAGAGUCACUCUCCUUUGCAGUUUCAGGACCUGGGGCCGCGCCAAAAAUGCCCCUGAUACGCCCAUUUAAUAAUGACCAACAGUCUAUCCCAGGUGUCAUGGAAUCAGUCACACGAUACGAUUUGAUCCUCUUUAUGGUCAAUAUGUCAAAUCAUACCUCAUGGGAGGACUGUAAGCAGUCGCUUCUACAGUUAGAUCCAGGCUGGUUCCUAGGUCACUGCGCGAUCGUAAUCACACGAGUUGCAGCCGUUUCGAAAUAUGCGUUUGAUAGAGAUGAUGUUACAAACUUUCUGGAAGAUUUUUAUGACAUUCCUACGAUUUGGACAAACUUGGAUGUCGAUCGUGAAGCAACUUUGGCAGCUCUUCAGGUUGUUAGGAUGCUGGAGGUGGGUGCUGGGUACCGAAGACCGGAUCGAGUCCCCGAUGCUAAUAGUACAUGGUCAGGAUUUGGACCCUCAACAAACUCUUGGCGCCAGUUACUGACUAGCUCAUCUGCUGUUAGAUCAGUGCUUGGAGAUCGUGUGACAGCCACCCAUCAUUUAAUGAGGACCCCUGAAAAGUAUAUAGUGGAGAUGACAACAUUCAGCGAUAAUGAGGAUGGAGACGUAGGCGAGGUGGGAAUCAAGAAUGAAAGGGGCGAAAUCAAUACCAAUAUCGAGCCUUGAAUAGUAUAGACUAUCACCUUAACAAAGCAACCCCACAGUUUACCCUUCCGUUAGACUACACAUAUACCCGAAAAUAGAAACAAAUCAAUAGGAUAUCACGUGAGCUCAUGUUCCCCGCUCUUCCCAGAAGGGAUUGCCCGUGGUUUCGACUUUGAAGAUAGACUUCAGCAUCAUGAUGACGCCGGAAAGGGUCCGAUCAAAGCCUAUAGAAAAAGCCCGUAAAUGAUCCCAACUUCCGCCUUGGCUUUACGUGGCUUCUUUUCUUCGCGUUUUUACCUAUCUCUUUGCUCAUAACAGCAAAAUGCAUGCUGUCAUAUAAAAACG